UUCACCAUUUCAAUCGAAUCCCGUGCGGUCACUUCUCACUCUCUCCACCAUGACAAACCCUAAUUCCAAAACCCUAGCCCUCUUUCUCCUCCUCCUCUUCUCCCAAUCUCUCUUCCUCGUCUCCGCCUCCUCUCGCAUUCCCGAUCUCGACGACGACGACGACCUCGCGGAGCUCCUCGCCAUCGACGAGGCGGAGGAGAAUGGCGGGGAACGAGGCGCGGCGGGGGCGGGGGCGGGGCAGGGGAGGCCGUCGGAGGCGGAUCUCCUCAGCAGGGCGCAGCGGAUCGUGCGCGAGCUCGGCAGCGACAACGCGAGGCGCGUGGUCGAGGAGAACGAGCUCGUGCUCCUCCUCGGAUACGCGCCCUGGUGCCCGAGGAGCGCCGAGCUGAUGCCGCGCUUCGCGGAGGCGGCGGUGGAGCUGGGGGAGAUGGGGAGCUCCGUUCUCGUGGCGAAGCUCGACGCCGAGCGCUACGCGAAGGCAGCGUCGGCUCUGGGCAUAAAGGGGUUUCCGACCAUAUUGCUCUUCGUCAAUGGGACUAAGCUGAUCUACUCUGGUGGAUUCACAAAGGAUGAAAUAAUUAUCUGGACAAGAAAGAAGACUGGUUCACCGGUUAUCAGACUGUCUUCAAAAGAUUCGGCAGAAGAGUUCCUCCAAAAGCAUCAUAUAUUUGCGAUUGGUCUUUUCGAAAAUUAUGAGGGUCCUGAAUAUGAAGAAUUCGUGAAAGCAGCAACAACAAACAACGAAAUCCAGUUUGCUGAGACUAAUGAUAGAAGUACAGCUGCAGUUCUCUUUCCAGAUGUAUAUGGAAAGAGUUUUCUUGGCCUUGUAAAAAGGGAACCUGAAAUGUUUGAGAAUUUUGAGGGAACCUUCAAAGAAGAAGAAAUUUUGCACUUUGUAGAGUAUAACAAGUUCCCUUUGGUUACCGUGUUGACUGAUCUAAACUCUGCCAAAGUCUAUUCCAGUCCAAUUAAACUCCAGGUUUAUAUCUUUGCAGAAGCUGAUGACUUCAAGAACCUUCAGUCUCUCCUUCAAGAGGUUGCCAGAAAAUAUAAAACAAAGAUAAUGUUUGUCUAUGUAGACUUCACUGAAGAGAAUCAUGCAAAACCAUUUCUUACCUUAUUUGGGCUCGAACCAGAAAAAACUAUUGUUACCGCAUUUGAUAACAGGAUAGGCUCAAAGCACUUGAUGGAGUCAGAUCUUACACAGAGCAAAUUAGAGGAAUUGUGCUCAGGGCUGCUGCAUGGUACUCUCACACCAUACUUCAAAUCGGAACCAUUACCAAGUGAAAUGGGAGGUGUUGAAAAGGUUGUUGGUAAAACAUUUGAUGCUUCUGUCUUGGACAGUCCUGACAAUGUUCUUCUUGAGGUGUAUACACCGUGGUGCAUUGACUGUGAGGCUACGAGUAAACAGGUAGAAAAAUUGGCCAAGCAUUUCAAAGGAGUAGACAACCUAAAAAUUGCCAGAAUAGAUGCUUCUCUGAAUGAACAUCCGAAAUUGCAGGUAACGAACUAUCCAACGCUCCUAUUCUAUCCUGCUGGAGACAAAUCAAAGCCGAUCAAACUGUCGAAGAAAUCAAGCUUGAAAGAUAUGGUAGGCUUCGUCAAAGAACAUGUACGAUCGAAAGAUGCUGAAGUUGUCUCCGAUGUUGAGCAAGAGCAGAAGGAUGAACUAUAAUGGAUCGACUAAAUCAAUUCAAAUUCCAUAUAUGGAUAGUAGAUUAAGAAGAUUUUGACAGACUUUUCACUUGUUUGAGAAAAAAUAUUCACAGUAUAGAAUCUGAAUGUAACAGUAGAACAAAUUUUGAUGAUUGGCAUCUCCUGAGAAAAUAAAUGUCUUCAAUAAUAUUUACAGUAUGGAAUCUGUUGGAGCUUUGUUCUUGAUUA